AAUGUGCAUUGGGAACUUAACUAUAUUUAAGUAACCAAACUCGUACCUCUUUCAUCCAUUCUUUUGUAAAGAAUUCAAAUAUUUUUCGGGUGACUUAGGGUUCAAGUCAUCAAGAAAAGAUGAAAACCCUUUCAGGAAGAUCUGAUGUUCCCGCGAUGAGCAUCAAAACAAGGGAUGAUAGGCGAUUCUCAACCAGUUCAAGGCGUUCAUCAAUGGAGAUGGCAAUACACCAUUCUUCUCUAGAAGUGUAUUAUGGUCGUGCACCUGUUGGAGUCCCAUUUAAAUGGGAAUCCCAACCAGGUACACCCAGAGUGCGAUUUCGUGAAACCCCACUUCCUCCACUCACACCACCACCAUCUUUUCUGUUCAAUUCUCCCAACACACCCAACAAAAAGAGCCAAAAACCUAAAGGUGGUGGUAUUCUACAUGCUGUCCUCCCUAGGCUCAUGACACCUACUAGAAAGCCCUAUAAUUCUCCUGCUUCACCAGCUUCAUCGGAAUCGUCUUCUUUGUUCUCUACUUUGUCGUAUUCAGAUUCUGCAUCAUCUCCUUACACCCUGACCAUGGAGAGCCGCAGAAAAUCAUUUGAGGAUCAAGAUAGAUCCAAAUCACCUGUUUCAACUCUUUGUUUCCGUAUCAGGCGUGGUGCAAAGUAGGAUCAUUGCAAGAAGAUCAACCAUAUAUAUAUGGCGGCUUUGUAACUUCUUUAAUUUACACCUUCGAUACUUGAAGUCGAGAAAUAAAUGCAAAGAUGGUUCCUUUUUUUCACAAAGAUGUUGUAAAAGUAGAAUAACUAUACGUUAUGCAUUACUUUUAGAUCUAAUUAAGAUCAAUAGUUUACAGAACUAUUGUGGUUUUUUAGUAUGAACACCAAUGGUGAUUAAGAUAUGAUCACAUCUUCCUUA